AACAUGAUGUACUUUUAAAUCAAAUAUUGGAAAUAGGCAUAGUUUACAUCAUUUUCUUUCUUGUCUAAAUUUACAAAAUCUGUUCGGCGGAUCUUGAGAUAGCAUUUCCAUGCUACACCCCUAUUGUGUGAUAAACUAAUAGCUUAUAUGCUGUAUAAAUAGUAGAUGUGGAAUUUUCCUCCAUGAAUGAUGACAGUAGAAUCUUCAUCGACAUAAGAUAUGAUGAUUGGAUGAUGUAUUGAUACUAAAGAUAAAUUUGUAUAAAAAUAUAGCACCUUAAAAAUCACUGUAAUUAAUUUAAAUCAUAAUCAUAAAGUUGAUCAAUCAAAUUUAAAAUUUUAUGCUCGUCACCGUCGUUUGGAUAAUGACACUAUUAAAUUAAUAAAAGAAUAUGAUAAUCACAAAGUUCCUCGAAAUAUUAUUCGUGGCAUGGUUAUGAAUGAAAAUAAAGACAAGUUCGCCACUGUAAAAGAUUCAACAGCAACCGUUGAUGUCACUGUGUCAGAUAAUAAUCAGCUUGAUAUGAUAUUUAUUGCAACAUCUAAAAUGAAAGAAAAUUUUAAACAAUUUUUUCAUAUUGUAUUUUUUGACGCGACUUACAAGAUUAAUAUAGAAAGCUAUUCAUUAUAUGUAUUUUUAGUUGAAGAUAGUCGUGGUACAGUUGGAAUAGCGUUAUUAGCCCACAAAUCACAAGAAAAUAUACGUGAAUUGCUAUCAAAAUUUCAACAAAUAUAUCCAGUUAAACGCGAAUUUAGACGACGUAAUAAAAUACCACAUUUAAGCGAAGCGUUAAAUAUUUUAAUGAUGCUUUUUAAUUUGAAAACACAUAUUCAAGAUUUUGAAAAUGUUCGUCAAGAAUUAACAUCUUUUACAAUACAAAAUACAAAAUAUCCUGAAUUUAUGAAAGAGUGUGUACAUAUUUUGACGGAUAAGACUAUUUCUUUGUUCGUUGCAUUGAAUGGUGCGGACUACAAUGUUUUUUUAUAUCAGCUGGACUGUAUAUAG